AAUUUCUAGUAUUUGAGGUAUUUCACCGGAUGAAACACAAUCAAUGACCAGUGUUGAAGGUGCUACUAGGAAAAAUCAUGCAAGAAGUAUAUUUGCUGACCAAGGCAUGGAUUGAUCAUUUUAAAUAGUUAUUAUGAACAACAGGGGCACAGAGCUGAGCUAUAUGCUGCUCGUGUUGCAAAGUGCUUAGCUGCUCUGGAGGGACGUGAUAAGGUUUAUGUGGAUGACCUGAAAAAAGCUGUAGAACUGGUUAUUCUUCCCCAGUCAAUUGUUAGUGAGAACCCACCAGAGCAGCAAAAUCAGCAGCCUCCCCCUCCACCUCCACCUCCCCAAAACCAAGAAGGCGAUGAACAGAAUGAAGAGGAAGAACAAGAGGAUGAAAAUGAUAAAGAGAAUGAGCAGCAGCAAGAGCAAUUACUUGAAGAGUUUAUCUUUGAUGCUGAAGAUGGCUUGGUAGAUGAGAUGAAUUGUCGGGCAAAAAGACCAGUUCGUUAGCUCUGGGGGUGGCAAUCUCAUUCUUCCUGCUCUAACCGCUACCAGUCAUCAGAACCAUCCGGACUAGGAAUAAUCCAUUUUCUUUCUUCAGAUCACCUCGUCUCACACAUUCACUGUGAUGGACUCUUGUGACAAGAUGAAUGGAGGAGCUGUGAAUAUUGUUUCUGGUGGUGGUAACAAGAAAGGGAGUGAUAAUGGCAGCUGCUGCAACUGCCAAAAAAGUCGAUGCUUGCAACUUUAUUGUGAAUGUCUUCGUGCUGGAAAUUUGUGCAACAAUUCUUGUACUUGCAAAGCGUGCGAGAAUAAUGAGAAUAACAGGGAUAAAGUGUAUGAGAAGAAAAAAGAAAUAGAAUUACGUGAUCCAGAGGCGUUUCAAUCCAAGAUUAUUAUUGGUGGGAACGAAGCAGCAAGGCACAGAAAAGGAUGCAACUGCAGGAAAUCAAAGUGCAAGAACAAGCACUGCGCUUGCUUCAGUGCUGGAGUUGGCUGCUCUAAUCAGUGUAAAUGUGACGAUUGCAUGAAUGAGUAUGGAAUCGUCAACAACCAACAAGUACAUGUUUUGACUAAUGAUAGUAAUAAUAAUGGCAGCAACAACAAUGGCAGCAACAACAUCACGGUGGAUAAUGGAUCAUCUCAAUUUCAACAUCUAUUUCCCGAGAAUGAUGACUUCUUACAGAAUAUGCAGAAUUCUGAAUCAGAUAUGGAUAGAAUUUUUAAUGAGGUAGAGCAGGCGGCAGAUUAUUAUUAUCAUGGUCAGCAAAUGUCACUGAGCAGCCACAGCGAGAAUGAAAUCAACAAUAACAACGUGAAUUUGCCAUCAAAUCAGCAAGAUAGCCAUGUUCCUGCUGCUGUUUGUUAUAACUAUAAUCUUUAUGGAAACAUUAUUCAAAACAAUGUUGCUGCACCUAAUUAUAUUCAGCAUCUUACCCCAAGGCAGAUUUCUCCAGUCGAAUACAACAACAACAACACUAUUGAUGAUCUUGAUUUGCAGGGACCAUCAUCAUCUUGGUUCUAUGGUGAGCCCUCUUCCCUUCCUAGCUUCUUCACUGACACAACAAUUCAGGAUAGUAAUCAGCAGUAUAAACCGACAAUGAAUCAGAGUGCACAGCAUCUGACAAACACGCAACCACAUAGUCAUCCUAAUAAUAACCGCCUUCCAUAAUGCGAAACUAGAACAAGGGUAUGAGUUUAAUUAUUAUGUGUGGAUUUAAAUUUGUACAUCAUGAGUUUAAAGUAAUAUGUGAUCAAGACGACUAUUGUUCAUUAUUUCUUGGUUAAUUAUUGAGAGUUGAAUUUUUUUAA